UUGAGCCAGCCGCAGCCCAUCCGGGCUUCCCUUUUCGUUACAUGCAUCGUUGACCAGCUUUAUCCCGAGGUGGGGGUCAGCGUCGUGCGGGUGCUACGGCGUGCUGGCGUCGCGGUAGACUUCCCAGAAGGGCAAACAUGCUGCGGCCAGCCCCUGUACAACUCCGGCUUCACCGCAGAGGCUCGGAAACUCGCGGAGCGCACGCUGAAUAUCCUCGCUGACCGGGAGUGCGUGGUCGUGCCAUCUGGCUCCUGCGGGGCGAUGAUGCGCGUUUUCUACCUUGAUCUGUUUGCCGACGACCCUGAACUGCACGCCCGAGCCCAAGACCUCAGCCAACGGGUGUACGAAUUCACCGAGUUUCUGGUCGACGUGGUCGGAUACGAACCGGGAAUGCGAGACGGAUCCGACGGCGUGUCCACGGUUGCAUACCAUCCGUCAUGUCACCUGUUGCGCGAGAUGGAGGUCACCGAAGCCCCGCCGCGCCUGUUGGAUGCCGCGCCGGGCGUCUCUCGGGUAGAGCUACCGGACGCCGAGCAGUGCUGUGGGUUCGGCGGGGCAUUCGCGGUGAAGUAUCCUCACAUUUCGGAAGAGAUGUUGGCCGACAAGGUUGCAGCGGCGACCAGUAGCGGCGCGGACAUCUUGACGGCAUGCGACAUGGGCUGCCUCAUGCACAUCGGCGGGGCGGCGGCGGUCAAAGACACAGAGCUCCGCCAGGCGCUCCGUCGUGCCGGAGCUGGUUUUGACGGCACACGACGCGAGGCUAUCGCCGAGGUCACGCCCGAGGUGUGGGAGGAUUGGCGGGAACAGGCACGGCGGAUCAAAGAGCACACCAUCGGGCACCUGGACUAUUACCUGGAGAUGCUGGAGCGGAAUGUGGUCGCGGCGGGCGGACAGGUCCAUUUCGCCACGGACGCACGGCAGGCCAACGCGAUCGUUUCGCAGAUUGCCAGCGCCAACGGAGUGCGCACGGUUACCAAGAGCAAGUCCAUGGUGUCGGAGGAGCUUGGUCUCAACCAUGUGCUCGAAGCGCAGGGGAUCGACGUGUUCGAGACCGACCUCGGCGAGUACAUCAUCCAGUUGGCCGGCGAAACCCCUUCUCAUCUGGUGGCGCCGGCGCUGCACAAGACCCGCGCGCAGGUGGCCGCCCUUUUCGCAGAGCAGCUUGGCGUCCCAUACUCGGAAGAUAUCGAGGAGAUGGCCCGCAUUGCUCGGGUUGUGCUGCGCCAGAAGUUCCUGGACGCGGACAUGGGUAUCAGCGGGGCCAACUUCCUGGUCGCGGAAACGGGUUCCCUGGUCAUCAUCACCAACGAGGGCAACGGCCGGUUGUGCACUUCCGCGCCGCGCAUCCACGUGGGCCUGGCCGGCAUGGAAAAGGUGAUCCCGUCGUUGCAGGACCUGGCGGUAUUCCUGCGUCUGCUGCCGCGCUCUGCCACCGGGCAGCGCAUCACCUCCUACAUGAGCAUGGUAACUGGGCCGCGCCGCGCCGACGACGAGGAUGGCCCGGAAGAAUUUCACCUGGUGAUCGUGGACAACGGUCGCAGCCGCCUGUUGGCCGAUCCCGCGCUGCGCGAAUCGCUCUACUGUAUCCGGUGCGGGGCAUGUCUGAACGUGUGUCCCGUGUACCAGCGAGUGGGUGGACACGCCUACGGCUGGGUGUAUCCCGGGCCCAUCGGGUCGAUAGUGACGCCGGCGUUGGUUGGGAUCGGACAGGCCAAGGACCUGCCGAAUGCGUCGACACUAUGCGGAGCGUGCCGAGACGCCUGCCCGGUGCAGAUCAACAUCCCCCGAAUGCUGCUGCACCUGCGGCAUAACAUUGCGGAAGGACAGGGUUCGUACCCGGCCGCUGGCUCAGAUACCGACAGUCUCCUUGCGCGCGGGUUUGCCGCCGUUAUGUCAAACCCGGUUCUGGUGAACCUGGGGCGCAGGAUCGGCAGGAUAUUGCUGCGGCCCCUGUCGAAACAGGGAAUGUUGGGCCAGACGCGCCUCCCAUUGGUUUCCCGCUGGACGCGUUCACGAGACCUGCCGCUGCCAGCGUCAAGAUCGUUCGGCGAAAUCUGGCGGGACGAGCUGUCUGGAAGCGGCAACGAGGGCCGCAACGGGUAA